ACUGUCGUUGGUGAAGAACAGAAAGAGACAAAGAGAAGAAAAAUUAAAAGUUUAAUAGAAGGAAGAUGAGAGUGAGCGUGAUAUUGGUUUUUGUGGUCCUUGUCCUGGGACUCGUCGAUGCGGCUAGGAGGAGAGACAGACUUAGAACGACAACGACGGCAUCGCUCGUCGAUAGACAGCUCGCCUUCGCUGGACAAACCGAAGAACUAGAAAACUCAUGGAAUAACUUUGACAGCCACAAACUAAAUGUUCGUGCGGGAACCUGGAAAAAUGACACAGAAAAUAGAAUCGUUCUUAGCGCCAGACAGUACCCAGGACUUCCAAACAAUCCGGGUGACACAAAUGAAGUUCCGAAUCCCAUUUCACCACCGGUGCAACCGGCACCACCACCGUAUAAACCUCCGCCGGGCUGCCUAGGACCGAGAGGCCAGUACCCGAGCCCGAAAAGUUGCGCCAACUAUCUAAAUUGCUGGGAUGAUGUGGUGAUCGAGCAAACCUGUCCGGCCGGACUACUCUUCAAUGACGUCGCCGGUUACUGCGACUUCGCGUUCAACGUCAACUGCGGUGAUCGACAGCCCGCUACGCCGAAACCACCAUUGCCGGCGGGAUCGAAUCUGUGCCCGGAUCCGAACGGACGUUACAGAAGCUCGACCAACUGUUCAGAAUUCUACGUGUGUGCCGCUGGCAAACCUGUCAAAUUCUAUUGUCCUCUCGGUCUGGUCUACAGUGACAUACUUAAUGUUUGCGACUAUCAACGCAACGUGGACUGCAAAGGCACAGCUACGCCGAAACCAUUGAAGCCUACGCAACCGCCAACUCAAUCUCCGCAGCCGUCUUCUACCUAUGCUCCUACCAAGCCGCCCACUGCUUCUCCCAAGCCAUCUCCUCAACCCACUUACCAACCUCAACCACCGACUUAUCAACCUCAACCGCCGACUUACCAGCCUCAACCGCCAACUUACCAACCACAACCACCGACUUAUCAGCCUCAACUACCAAAUUACCAACCUCAACCGCCAGCUUAUCAGCCUCAACCACCAACUUAUCAGCCUCAACCACCAACCUAUUCUCCGCAACCUCCGACUUACGCGCCACAAUCAUCAACAUAUCCUCCUAAACCACCGAGUUAUCAACCUUAUCCACCACCGCCUCCUUCGUAUUCCGGAAAUCCUUGGCUGAAUCAACCCAAGUCUGAUUCUUGGCAUCCGCGAAAUCUAGCGAAACCUAAUGAAACUCAACUAGAGAGUGACAAAGAGAUACAGAAACAAGAAAUAUUAACUAAUAAUCCAGCAACAAGUGAUCAACCCGCACAUGAAGUGAUAGAAACUUCCAGUUUAACAAACCCGUGGACCCUACUCCAAACGAACCUACCAUCCGAACUAAAUAUAACUCCGUGUCAUGAUGGCGACGUAUACAAACUCAAUGACUUUUGUACUAAAGUGGUAGUUUGUAGGAGCAAUCAAUCUGAAGUGGUAGAAUGUCUACCAGGAUUCUCAUACGAUAAACCAUCGGACUCUUGUAUGCCAUUCAAUCUUGCAAUAUGUGAGCCCUCCAGUACACCUCCCACUUUGCAUUAGGAAUGCGCAUCGAAGAUAAAGAAACACAUUAAAGAAACGUUUAUUAAAUCAUCAUGUUAAUUAUUUCUCAUUUUCAUUAU